AUGUUAUUACUGAAAAAUGUGUAUGUUUUCCAAGCUGGCAUUGGCGUCUUAGCCAAUGCCUUCCUCCUUGUCUUCCACAUCUUCACAAUCCACCAAAUUCGUAGACCUAGACCAACAGACAUGAUCACUUGUCAGCUGGCUUUUGUCCAUAUAGUGAUGCUACUUACCACUCUAGAUAUUUUAUCUGCAGACAUGUUCAAAUCCGUUGAAUUUCCAAAUGAAUUAAAAUGUAAAGUUUUGUUUUACUCAAGCAGAAUGUCUAGGGGUCUCUCCAUCUCCACCACCUGUCUCCUGAGCAUCGUUCAGGUCAUCACCAUCAGUCCCAGCUCCUUCUACUUGUCAAGAUUUAAACAUAAACUCACAAAACAUGUUGUCAUUGCUUUCUUCUGUAUUUGGUCCCUCAACCUGUCUUUCCAUAGUAACAUGAUCGUCUACACUGUAGCUCAUUCCAACAGGAGCAAUCAACUCAAUGUCAGUAAGUACUGCUCAGUUUCCUCAAUGAAUUCUGUCAUCACAACACUAUUUUUCAUACUUGCAUUAUCUCAGAGUGUUUUCUUUGUAGGAAUGAUGCUGUUCUCCAGCAUGUACAUGGUGAUUUUCUUAUGUAGCCAUCAGAGGCACUCUGAGUACCUUCACAGCAUGAGCAUUUCCCCCAAAACAUCCCCAGCAAAACGGGCCACCUGUACUGUCCUAGUGCAGGUGAGUUUCUUUGUGAUUAUGUACUGUGUGGAUAGCAUCAUCUCAUCCUUAUCAACUGCAUUGUGGAAAUAUGAACCUGUGGUCCUGGAUAUCCAUAGGCUUGUGGGAAAUGUUUAUGCCACUAUCAGUCCUUUGGUGUUUAUUAUUUCUGACAAACGAAUAGUUGAAAUGCUGAAAAAGUAA